UCCAUUAUUUUAUUUAUUUAAACCCUUGACCUUCAAUUUCUUCAUUGCAGACUCAAGAGACACGCAGAGGGAUACGAAGGAAGAACCAUGAACUUGAAGAAGGGAGUUCUAGGCCCUAACCUCAAGCUCUCCCUCCCUCCCAAUGAAGCCUCCUUGUCUAAAUUCCUAACCGAAUCCGGAACGUUUAAGGACGGCGAUCUACUCGUCAACAGGGACGGAGUUCGGAUUGUCUCACAGAGCGACCACGAAACUCCUCAGCUUAUACAGCCAUCAGACAACCAGAUAAGCUUGGCUGAUUUUGAUGCAAUUAAAGUCAUUGGUAAGGGAAAUGGUGGAAUUGUGCGACUAGUGCAACACAAAUGGACUGAGCAAUUUUUUGCCUUGAAGGCCAUUCAAAUGAAUAUUGAAGAGUCUGCUCGCAGGCAGAUUGCAAAGGAACUGAAAAUUAAUCAGUCGUCACAGUGUCCAUAUGUUGUUGUCUGUUACCAGUCUUUCUAUCAUAAUGGUGCAAUAUCCAUAAUUUUGGAAUACAUGGAUGGUGGAUCCCUUGCAGAUUUUUUGCAAAAGGUCAAAAACAUUCCAGAGGCAUACCUUGCUGCCAUCUGUAAGCAGGUGCUCAAUGGUUUGUCCUAUCUCCAUCAUGAGAAGCACAUUAUUCACAGGGACUUGAAGCCUUCUAAUUUGUUAAUAAACCAUAGAGGGGAAGUCAAAAUCACUGACUUUGGUGUAAGCGCAGUAUUGGCAAGCACUUCUGGACUGGCCAAUACUUUAAUUGGCACGUACAACUAUAUGUCUCCAGAAAGAAUUAGUGGAGGCGCAUAUGGCUAUAAGAGUGACAUUUGGAGCUUGGGGUUAGUUUUGCUCGAGUGUGCAACAGGAAAAUUUCCAUAUUCGCCCCCCCAACAAAGUGAAGGAUGGGUUAAUAUGUUUGAGCUUAUGGAAACCAUAGUUGACCAACCUCCUCCCUGUCCACCGGAAGAUCAAUUUUCACCAGAGUUUUGUUCGUUUAUUUCUGCCUGCUUAAAGAAAGAGCCAAAUGAUAGACAGUCUGCAAAUGAGCUCUUGGUGCAUCCUUUUAUCAACAUGUAUAACAACGUAGAUAUUGAUCUGGCAUCGUACUUCACCCAUGCAGGAUCUCCACUUGCAACGUUUUGUUUGCUUUUCUAGUCGCGUAAUUUUACUUUGUUUUGGAUCAUACAUUGAGCAAGCGUACGACUCCUUUAUUUCCAUAGUGAGAUGCCGGGGGAGAGCACAAACAGCGAAGAAACCCGUUUUGGAAGCUAGGCAAAACACCCCAAGCCGUAAAACUGCAAUUCUGAAGGUCAUUCUUGGAGAGACCAGCAUUAGUAUAAAGCAUCAUCGGUAAGAUUACACAUGCUUCACUGCCAGUGGAAUCGGGCUGAGGAACUGCUGCUAUUUCAGAAAUAAGAGAUAUGGGAAGAAUAACCACUUGUGCUCUAUCAUUGUGAUAACUUAAGAACACAGUCAAUUUGUUUUCCAUUUGCAUCCAACAGUGUGAUUACUUCUCUUGUGAUGUAUCUUCAAUUAGUUGCUCUCUCUCGCUCUCUCUCUCUAUUGUCUUGUGUAAUGUCCAUAGAUCGAGAGAAGAAUUAUUGAAUAUUUUUAGUAGUAUAUAGCCUAUUUUGGUACUAGAGUUA